AUGGACAGCGCAGAAGCUCAGAUUUGCUGUUCCGUGGAUGAGAUGGUCGAUUCAAUCUCCUCUUCUGCCUUUUCUACAGAUGAGGAAACUAUAUCCAGCAUGGAUGGUUAUGAGGCGGACAAUGACAGCUGCCGCGCCAUCAACAGCAAUCUGGACGACAGCUUUGAGCUCGUCACCGAUCCCGAUGUAAAACAGAUGAACAGGGCGCACCGGCUAUUCACGCCGACUACUGAGUCCUUCUACAUGCUACACAGGGACGUGGCGAGUGAAGAAGAUGACGAUGCUGACGAUAAGGCUUCCUUUGACGAUGACGAGGAUGAUGAACUCGAGGACGAUGUCAAUGUGUGGGGCCUGUCAACCAUUCAGGAACAGUGUUGA